GCAGAAACUCCGCGGCUCCAGAAGAAGCGCUGGGAGGUGUUUGUAGUCCAGAUUGGUAACCGGAAUAUUCAGUAAAUAAAUAAGAUCUCCGUCCCCGCGCUGUGACCCCGCCGCCCGCGCGCCCGAGAUAUCACACACACCGGACUCGAUCAGCUUUAAUCGAUUAAUCUGACCAGACUCGGGUCCGGCGGAUGAUCGUGUGAGCUGUGUCCGCCUCUGCUCGCUCUUAGCUCGGCCAUGGCGGAGAGCUUUGACCGCGCUCCCGGAGCGGAGAGGACCCGGGGGAAGGCCGGCUGCCCCCCCGGCGUGGGAGACGCUUACCCCGGCCGGCAGGGCGAGGAGGACCCGGGGGCUUCGGUCUUCAACCAGUGCGAACCUCUCAGACAGCCCCGGACCUCACCGCCCACAACCAACACCACCACCUGCCCAGACAGAAACUCAUCUAAACCUUCAAACCCAGCUAACAGUAACAACGACAGCAGCAGCAGCACAGCAGCCUUAAAACCCCACAGUGCUGACCCGGUGGUGCAGAACUCCACACUGUCCGUUAGUGCACCCGAGUUCUUCCCCUCCACCUACGCUCCAUACCAGGACGCCGUGUACGAGGACGGCGCUGAUGGAUAUUACGCAGAACCGUCUCUGGCCGAUCUGGUCCAGGAGUUCCUCAGCCACCUCAGCUCGUCUCCUGGAUCAUUUGAGUUUGAGAUUGAGUACAUCACGGCCACGCUGAACAGCUGGGUCACCUCAGAGGAGACGCUGCACGAGCUGGUGGAGCUCAUCUUCACUCAGUCCACCUCGAUGCAGAACUUCGCCUACACCGGCGCUCGGCUCUGCAACCACCUCUCCCACCACAUCAGCCUCAGCCCCAGCACCGGCAACUUCAGACAGCUGCUGCUCCAACGGUGUCGGACGGAGUUUCAGCAGAGGGAUCAGGCGGUGGUGGGUGACGACGUGACGCAGCGGAGAUUUCACUCCUACGUUUUCUUCCUGGGAGAACUCUACCUCAACCUGGAGGUAAAAAGUGGUAAGGGUCCUCCAACGCGAGCAGACAUCCUGCAGAUGGCGCUGAAGCAGCUGAUGGACACGCUGUUCUCAAACCCCGCGGACGCUAAUCUCAUCUGUGCAGUCAAACUGCUGAAGCUGACAGGCUCUAUUCUGGAGGACUCGUGGAAGCAGAGUGGGAAGCCCCACAUGGAGGAGAUCUUCCAGAGGAUCAGGAACGUCCUGCUGGAUGUUCAGUGUAAAAGGGAUGUGAAGCAGAUGCUGUUACAGCUGGUGGAGUUGAGAUCCAGUAACUGGGGCCGAGUUUAUACAGCAGCGGCGGUCAGCGAGGCCACGCCCGACAACGACCCCAACUACUACAUGGUACCUAAUCAGAUCCAGCACCUCACACGUUACACACUACUCCUAAUGAGCCCACCUUCUACACUGCAGAUGGAACUCCAUUCACAGCUGCAGAUCCAGAGUACUCUGAGAAGUAUCAGGAGAUAUUGGAGCGGGAGGAGUGUUUCCCCGAGCUGUACGAGGAGAACGGGAAUGAUACGUCAGAUGCAGACGAGGAUGAGAUGGACUCGGAGAUCGAGGAAGCGUUCGAGAAGUUCUGCCAGGAGUCGGAGAGGAGACGGAAACCGCAGUAACAGCAGAUCAGAGCUGCUGGAACCUCCUGGAACCUUCCAGGAAUCUUCUGGAACUUUCCAGGAAUCUUCUGGAAACGUUUGAACAGGAUGUGGCGACGCAGAGUUUUUUUUUGUUGUUUUAGUUGAUUUUAUUUUAGACCUGUCAAACCCACAAGCAGCCUCGCCCCCUUGCUCACCAGCCCCUCCCCCCAGAUUCUUCGAGCUGGAGGUUGUGUUUGCUUAUAGAUGGAUGGAUAGAUGGAUAGAUAGAGGUGGGCAGUCCGGGUCUGGGAGGUAAAAAAAAAAAAAAUCCAGCAGCAGAGCCUCCCGGGUGAUUAGCGUGAAAUCCCGGGACGGAUUUUAACCUUCAGGACCCGGACUGCCCACCUCUCUCUCUCUCUCUUUCUUUAACUCUUCUAUUUUAAGGAAACCAAAUUAGGUGCUUAUUAAUGUCUUAUUAUUAUUUGCUUAAUAAAGCCUUAAUUAGACAUUUGUAAAUUAUUUAUUCUCUACUUAUUAUUAGGCUUCCUUCUGUGUUCAUUAAGUGCUAUUGGUGCUUAAUCAGGGGUCUGUUAUGUGCAAAUGAUUAAUAAUGGCUGUAUUAUUCUAUAUAGUGCACAAUAAACAGUUAUAGAGUUAGCACCCUGUUAAUCAGAUUAGAUUAUUAAGCAUUAACUAUUAUUAGCUAAUUCUACAUGUCAUUAGUGUUAUUAUAAUUGCCGCAGAUUGAGUUUAUCUAUGUGAGUUUGGUAUGGUUAUGGCUGUGCUGGAGUCUAUUAUAAAAUAGUUAGUAAGGGGUUAAUAAGGGGUUAAUAAAUCACUAAUACACCAAGAUGUGCACCAUAUUCUAAAGUGAGCAUCUGUUUAUCAGUAAUUACACACUAAAAAGAAAGGAAUAAAUAUAUUUUUAAUCAAUAACAGACCCCUGAUUAAGCACCAAUAACACUUAAUGAACACAGAAUGAAGCCUAAUAAUAAGUAGUGAAUAAAUAAUUUACAAAUGUCUAAUUAAGGCUUUAUUAAGCAAAUAAUAGUAAGACAUUAAUAAGCGCCUAAUUUGUGUUCCUUAGAAUAAAGUGUAACUCUUUAUUUUCUGCGGGUUUGUUUAGCUGAAGGUUUGCAGUGGGUUCUUCUUGUUCUUUCUUCGGUUUGAGCCGGGAGGCGUGGUUUCGUUGUGAGGGCGGAGUUAUGAUACGCGAUUAAGAGAUUAAAGUUACGGUAAAAAGGGAGAAAACUCGCCUGGUUUUCAGACUUCAAUUUUACCCACCAAAAACAAAUAGUGUUCUGCUGCACUUUGAGUUGUUUGUGUUCUUCCUCUUUCAGGUUCUCUCAGAGCCUUUUUUAAUAAUUUUACUGAGCCUCCGCCGCCACAGGAUUCUGGAUCCACAGCAGAGCGGAUUCAGAGCCACUGUGACUCUCAGCACUGUUCCCCCUGUCCCCGAGCAGAGGAAACCUUUAUUUUAUUAUAGUAUUGUAAAUAUUAUUUACAGCAUUGUUUGCCUGCAAUAAAUCUUUAUAAUACA